UACUUGUCAACGCACAGAUGUGGGUUGUGCUCAAGUUUGGUGGCACAAGCGUGUCCACGGUACCUCGAUGGCAGCGCAUUUGCAACCGCGUGACCCAGGUCCUCGAAGAAGACGGUCAUCCGCGUGUUUGGGUCGUCAUCAGUGCGCUGACCCAAGUCACAAACCGGUUGACACAAGCGCUGGCCGACGCCAUCUCUGGCACCAACCACUUGAAGUGUUACUUGGAGAUCUUUGAUCAACACAUCGCGUUGGCACUCGAGCACAACUUGCUCUCGGCCGAUGCUGCCGCCAUUCUCGUCGAACACGAACACGCCAACCGUGCCUUGUCACCGGACAACGUCCCACCAGUCCUCGCGUCAUUGAUCCACGAGUUCCAGAACGUUCGACGUGUGUUGGACGGCAUCCGAUUGACUGAAGAAGCGUCACCCCGGCUACGCGCUCGCAUGUUGGCGUUUGGAGAACUCCUGUCGACCCACCUGGGACUUGAGAUCAUGAAGCAAGCCGGACUCGACCGUGUCGUUCGCGUCGACUCCCGUCAGCUUCUUUUGAGUGACGCCGAAGCCACCACGUCAGACAUGGACCGGUACUUGGAAGCGAACGUUCAGCCGUCGGUCGAUUCGGAGGGCCGAUUAGACGACGCCAGUGGCGGCGCGACCGUGGUCCUCUCGCAAGGGUUCAUUGCUGGCGUGGUUGCCCAUACUGGCAAGUUGGAUGUCGUGGAAACGUGCGUGCUGGGUCGGGGGGGAAGCGACACGUCCGGCGCGCUCUUCGCCGCGGCGCUUCAAGCGCUUCGUUACGAAAUCUGGACCGACGUGCACGGAAUGUACACGAGCGACCCUCGGUAUGUCCCCCACGCGAGAUUGCUGCGGAAACUGGACUACCGAGAGGCGCAAGAGUUGGCCGCCAUGGGCGCCAAGGUGCUGCACCCGCGAUGCAUUGGUCCAGCGCAUUGGGCCAACGUGCCCGUGGAGAUUCGUAACACGAACGACCCGCAUGGCGAGAAAACUGUGAUCGGACACAUGGAAGACUCGGGCAGUCCAAAGAUCAUGGCGGUGGUCCGUCGUACCAACAUGACGUUGGUAACCAUCACCGCGUAUGGCAUGUGCGGCACGUCCGGGUUUCUUUCCAAAGUGUUUUUGCCGUUUGAAACACUCGGGAUAUCCGUGGAUUUGAUUGCCACGUCGCAGGUAUUAAUAGUAGUCUCUGUACACCGAGCCUGCGACACCGUUUUCGUGAUUUCGUGUAUGUGGUUGUAGUUUUCCGUGAGCGCGACGUUGGACCAUAUUCCCGGCGGCGUCGAAGGCACGUCGUUUGCGCUUUUGCUUAUCGCACUCGAACGUCUGGGGUCCGUGGCCGUCGUGUCGUCCUGCGCGACCGUGUCCAUCGUCGGCCGGCACUUGCGCACGUCCCUCGGCGAGCUCGGCCACUUGUUUGAGCUGCUCGAAGGCACCGAGGUGCUGCUUUUGAGCGAAUCGGCCGAAGAUCUAAACCUGUCGUUCGUCGUGCGGGACUCGGACGCCGACGGACUCGUCCAGCGCAUGCACGCGGCGCUGUUUCCGCCGCCCGAGAACGCCUUCAGCUCGCCCAUGCGGCGAUCCAUUUCCAGAGACGACUUGCUCGGGUCAUCCUGGGCCGAACUUCGCGCACCGUCGACCCCCAUGACCAACCUGCUCUUGUAGGCUCGAUAGAAUCGUUUCAACAUAGACAACUUAGAACGAUGAUGCAUGGUUGUCGUGGUUUGUUUUCUCCAUCUGUCCAGGCCAGGGUCUGACAUCGCAGUAGACGUGACCGACACACAAGAAGUGGUUCCAAGCCUGCGUGGCCAAUAUAGUUAGUA